GUUAUUAAUAAAGCUCUAUUACUUAACUAGUUUUUCGUGUUAACAUAAGUUAACUAAAAUUUGUUAAAAUGUUAACUUUAAGCACAGUUUAGUGUAUUUAUAAGAAAGUUUAACAUUUUUGCAAUGGUGGGUCCCAAUUUUCGGGUUGGCAAAAAAAUUGGUGCAGGAAAUUUCGGAUUUAUUCACUUAGGGAAAAUUUUAUGUACUAAUGAAGAUGUCGCAAUUAAACUUGAACCAGUCUAUGCUCGAUCUCCUCAAUUACACUUGGAAUACCAGUUUUAUAAAUUACUCCUCGAUGAUAGCGAGGAUCCUCCCACGGGCUUCCCUACUGUACAUUAUUUUGGUCUUGCCGGAAAAUUUAACGCACUUGUACUGGAAUUACUUGGUCCUAGUUUAGAAGAUUUGUUUGAAGCUUGUCAUAGGAAAUUUUCUUUAAAAACAGUUUGUUUGAUUGCCUAUCAAUUACUUACCAGAAUUGAACAUGUUCAUCAGAAACGGAUUAUUUUUCGUGAUACAAAGCCGGAAAAUUUUUUAAUUGGUAGGAAAGAAAAAGGGAUGCAGAAUACGAUUUAUAUGAUUGACUUUGGCUUGGCCAAAGAAUAUAUAGAUAUUAAUGGCAAGCACAUCCCAUAUAGAGAACACAAAAGUCUUACGGGGACGGCCAGGUAUAUGAGCAUUAAUACUCAUUUGGGACGAGAGCAAAGCAGAAGAGAUGAUCUUGAGGCUUUGGGGCAUAUGUUUUUGUAUUUCCUACGGGGAUCUCUCCCCUGGCAGGGACUAAAGGCCGAUAACUUGAAAGAAAGAUAUCAAAAAAUUGGUGAAACAAAGCGUAAUACUUCCGUUGAAGAACUUUGCGCUGGUUUUCCUUUGGAAAUUGAAACUUAUUUACGAUACUCUCGUGAACUGGACUUCUUUGCAACUCCUGAUUAUGAAUAUUGUCGAAAUUUAUUUAAAACUAUAUGCGAUCAUAAUAAUUGGACGUUUGACGAUAAAUUUGACUGGUCAGAUCUUUUAAUUUCUUCUAUUUCUGCUGAUAAUGCCACCAUUGUUAAGCCGACAACUACUCAGCAAGAAGCACAGGGGAACAUAGGAGGUUUGUACACACGAGUUUAUUCCAACUCCAAAGGCCCUAAUAGAGACGUUGAAGAACCUGAAGAUGCUGUUUAUUGUUUCUGUAUAAGAAGGAAAAAGAAAAAGAAAAAUCAUCUGACAUAGUUUAACGUUUUUAAC